AUGUCUUACACUGAUUCAACCGAAAAGUGCAUCGAGUUUCUCGCAUCUUUAGAGUUGCCAUCGUAUCCGUCUUCACCUGAAAGCAUGAGAACGAGCCUGUCAGAGGAGUGGAAUUACAACCACCAAUCAAGUCGUAAUCAUUCACCCCUUUCCGAUGCUGUUAAUUCACCUCUUACUGAUGCUGUUAAUACGAACAAUACUUCGGAAGCAGCCAAUUCAAAUUCCGAGUUUUUGAAUCAACAAUCAUUUCAGCAUCAACAAUCUACAGAGCCAUUCAUCAACGGAGACAUUAACAAAUUACCAAAUGAAGAACUUCAGCAACAACAAGAUCGGUGUCUCGAAAAUAAAUCACCUUUACAAAAAGCAGCGCGAACUAGUACAAAACAAAAGAGUCAACAAAGACGAGCACGAACUGCAUUUACUACGGAGCAGCUCAAUGAGCUCGAAAAAAUUUUCAGUGCAAACAAUCACUUAUGCCGUCGGACCAGAAUUAAUACUGCAAAUAAAUUGAAACUCACCGAAAGACAGGUCAAGGUAUGGUUUCAGAAUCGUAGAAUGAAAAAGAAAAAAACUACCUCAAGUAAAGUCGAUACAAACGACAAGAACAAUUUAAAUCCUCUGAAGAAUGGAAGAAAUCAGUUACUUGCCGCUGAAUACGUUCAGCGUAGACAAAUGAACCCACCUGGAUUAGGUUCAACUAUACAUUACCAUCAUUCGCCACCAAACCAAGAUAUGGGUUUUAAAAACGACGGUAACUACUGGACGAAUGGUACCAACUACCAACCGGCAUACAGCGGAAGUAUGCAAAAUGCUACCAUUUAUACUGAAUCUUCUGAGGCCCAAAUGUAUAAUAACAACAUUAAUAAUUAUUAUUCACCCGUCAAUGGGUUCUAUAAUAAUAAUAAUAAUAACUAUACCGGUUAUUAUGUAAACCCUGUUGACAACAUCGAUUAUAACUAUAAAGAACACACUACUGUCACUGGCUAUCCGGCUAAUAACAAACAGGAAAAACCAAAACGUCAAAGAACUACAUUUACCGAGGAGCAACUUUCCGAGCUACAAAAAAUUUUCUGUGAUAACAAUUACCCAUGCCGUGAAGCAAGAAUUGAGACAGAAUUGAGAUUAGGUCUCACAGAACAACAGGUCAAGGUUUGGUUUCAAAAUUAUCGAAUGAAGGUGAAAAAAACUACCCAAAGUAAAAUCGAUACAAACGACAAGAAAAAUUUAAAUCCUCCGAUAAAUGAAAGAAAUCAGUACAUUGCCGCUGAAGACAUUGAGCGUCGACGAAUGAACCCACCUGGAUUAGGUUUAACUAUAGAUUACUACACUGAGAGAAAAAUAAGGCGAGUGAAAAUAACAAAGUGUGCAAACGCAGAGUGCGAAAGAAAAAAUUAG